UGAAACUCAGGCAGCUCUGCGCUCUGAUAGGCUGCUGGAGGUUCCAUAUAAGAGAGGUAGAGGCUGUGAUUUUUAUCUGUUUCGUGCUGCAGAGAUUUGGAAAGAUGACGCGGUGCAGAUCUUUAUUUGCCAUCGUUUGGCCUCUUCUGUUUCUCCAGGUCUCUGCACAGAGCUGGAGUAUAUUUGGCGUCCAGCGGAAGGGGGCGCCGCAGGAGGGCGGAGUCAGGCUGGUGGGGAGCGUGCCCACCGCGGGCCGGGUGGAGGUGUACCACAGCGGGCAGUGGGGCACGGUGUGUGAUGAUAAUUGGGAGAUGGCCCAGGCUCAGGUGGUGUGUCGCCAGCUGGGGUUCCCUGGCGCUGUCUCCGCCUCCGUGGGCGGAGUCAAUGGGGAAGGUUCUGGACCAAUCUGGCUGGAUGAUGUAACCUGCACAGGAUCUGAAAGCUCAUUGGCCAGUUGUCGCUUUAAAGGGUGGGGUAUAACCGACUGUUCCCACAAAGAGGAUGCAGGAGUGAUCUGUGAGAGCGGCAGUAGUGUGGACGAUGAUCAGAAGUUUUCACUGGACCACAGCAUCGGACUCUCUGAAGAUCUCGGUUCCCUCUUCGAUCAGGCGGAAAACUGCGAUGUCGACGUUCUGGUCGUUGAUUCCAGUGAUGAUCAAAGUCAUGGGAAAACAUUCUGCGUCCACAGAGUGAUCCUCUCUCUUUACCCCCAGCUAAACAUCUCAGAAUCCACCAGAAACAUCUCUGUAGACAUCAGCCAGACCUGCCAUCAUCACGUCUACAGCUUCUUCAGGUAUUUCUACACACGUAAGCUGGACGUCACCCUGGCUUCAGCCCAGUGCCAGCACCAGUUAUCCUACAUGUUUGGGAUGGAGCAUCUUCUGGAGGAAGUCGGCAAGGUCUUCACUCUGCUGCUUCCUCAGGACAAGACCUUCCGCACUCAGGUGUCCCUGUACGAGUACGGCAUCCGCACCGAAGACCUGCUGCUGCAGGAGAACGUCCUGCAGUACCUGUCCUGGAACUUCGAGUCGUUCGUCAGCUCUCCAGCCUGGAAGACCAUCACCGUACACAUGAUGGAAGCUCUGCUGUCUCGCUCGGACCUGGUGGUGGAGGACGAGGCGUUUCUUCUGGAGACUCUGGAGAACUGGCUGGAGCAGAGGACGGACGUGACCUCACCCAAACGCCUAAUCAGCCUCCUGAAUCAGAUCCGCUUCUGCAUGAUCCCAGUGGAAAAGCUCUACGACUUCCAGUUCACCUCGUCUUUGUACCAGAGCAACGAAGAGUACUUCAGUAGCGCCAUUUUGAGAGCCUUCCAGUUCAACAGCCUUCCGUUCUCAAAGAUCAGGAAGCAUUUCAACGACUCCGACAGUUACCUGCCCAGAAUCUACACCUCCAGCAACUGGAGUCUGGUCCUCAAUUCCACUUCCACACGAAACAACAUGUACAACCAGUAUCGCCACAACUACUACUCCAAUCCCGAAAGGCAGGGAUCGUUCUCCACUCCAGCCCACAACAGUGUUCUCUACAAUCAGAAGAUCCUCCAGUGGCAGGCGCAGGUUCUCCUCUACAGCUGGGAAUGCUCCAACCAAGGCUUCACCUGUGAAUCUCUACCAAUGGCCAGGCUCAUUACCUACGACCGCUCCUACCAAAGUACCAUUCGCUUCAGCAACAAGCUAAUUCUCACCUGCAAGACUGAGAACACCGUCUUUCACGUCCAAGACUUCAAAAACGACAAGGCAGCCAUUCCCAGCAACGGCACCAUGAGUCUACCCAACCCCUGCCCUGAUAACUACUUCUACACCUUCGUGGUGCGUCCGGAGUUCAUCUGAAAGCAUCCUUAAGUGAUGAAACUGGCACUCAUCAGGACCGCACCAGAAAAGGAAGUGCAAGAGAUUCCCAUAACCAAAUGUGUGCUUUAUGUGUGCUAAGCUAUGUGGAGAUCAGAACAUGUUUCUCUUUUAAAGGAGAACUCUGGUGUAAAAUGGAUUUUUGUUGUAGUAAAACAUAAUAAAAAGUUCUUACGCCGUUUUUACACCGUUAUCCAGCUCAAAGUAGCUCCACACCUCCUUACUAGAAUCUGAGAGGAGAGUCCUGACAUUUAAACGAGUCAUUUAGAACUCAAAAAGUGCACAAAAAGCUUAUUAAACACCACUGAUUACAUCAUAUACCGCUAGCUUCAGCUCUGAGCGCCGCCAUUCCUGUACUGAUAAUAACAUAGACUUAAAUAUAUAUAGACUCUGCAUAGGCUAUGAGGUUUAUUGGGGCAAAAUAUGCCCCGAAAUACUGAAUAAAAAGCACAAGAUUACUGGAUUUCUGAACGCUGUGGGAGAAUGGAGGUGAGCUAUUCAACAAAGAUAUGAACUUUUUAUCAUGUUUUACUACAACAAAAGUACAUUUUACACCAGAGUUCUCCUUUAAGUGAUGAAACUGGCACUCAUCAGGACCACACCAGAAAAAGAAAGAGCAAGAUUGUCCAUUACUAAAUGAUUUAUGUGUGCUAAGCUGAUUUAUGUGUGUUUAUUAGAGAUUUGCCGAAAUGGAGACAUUUGUCUGAAAUGUCGCUACUUUUCACAGAUUCUCAUUUAACUUGUCUCUUUUAUUUCACCAUUACCUGAACUGAAUAUGCUAAAUAAAUAUAUAUUUUUCUUGCUUUUUUAAACUAUUAACAAACUGCAAUUUAGAUAACAUACUACUGAUUUUUCUAUUACAAAAAAAGAUAACAUUUUUGUACAAUGUUUAAAGAUGAUAAAACAAUAAAAAUAUAGUUUUUGA